UUUUUUUCCCCACUGUGGUUCUGUUCCCAGAGCAUUUGAGACCCAGAUGACACGACUUGAGGCAGAAUUUGUGCGUCGGGAAGCUCCACCUUCCUAUGGGCAGCUGAUUGCACAAGGACUGAUCCCCCCAGUCGAAGACUUCCCUGUGUACAAUGCAUCACAAGCCUCCGUGCUGCAGAACAUCCGAACAGCCAUGAGGAGGCAGAUGAGACGUCACUCGUCACGACGAAGCUCGUCUCGGCGGCGCCUUGGCCGACUUUGGAACAGACUCUUCCACAGACCUCGGGUGAGGGGACAGAUCCCACUCCUGACACCUGCCCGCACUUCGCAGACGACGUUGGGUGAUGGAAUCAUCAACCAUGCUGAUGGGACUAUUAGGAGUCCUCCACCUUCACCUGAAGGACCUAGUUUAGAGGCAGACACCCACGCCAGUGACCUGCAAGAAGCUGGAUGUAGCACCUUGCAACCAGAGACUGAAAUCACUGAGCCAUUGCCUUCGAAUGUCUUAGAGAACACUUGCACUGCUGCGCAAGCAGAGCCUGAGUCUGGACACGCAGAUAAAUCUGUAGGUGCUGAGACUUCAGGCAGUGAGCUCAAGCAGCCCAAUAAAGUGGAUUCAGGAAAGUCUUUCAGAGAUCCUUUGUCUGAAAGUGUCACAGAAGCGAUCCAUGGAGGGUCAGCACCCAGGAGGACUGUCCCAGAGGGCAGUAAUUUAAGUAGAAGUCAUCCACCAAGUGAAGAGCCAUGUAGGUUACCCUUAAAAAAGUGGGAGUCUGCUUAUUCAGAUAGCCCCUUGAAUGUUCAUAUCCAAGUGGAUGGACAAAACCGGUGUUGCCCUAGCUCUCAUCGGGAGGAGCCUUUGGGUAUUCAUGCGGCUUGUUGCCAUUCUGUGGAAGUGCCAAUGUUAGAGUCCUCUGCUCCCCUCUCUGAAAUCAGUACAAGUGAUGAUGAGUCUUUACUUGUUUGCUAGUAGAAGCUUUUGUUUUGACCCUGUAAACUUUGUAACUUCAUUGUUUAUAUGACUGUGCACUUUGAUUUUAGGUGGCUUGUGCUCUCAGCUUUGUCCAUCAAAACUGGUGUGCUUUAAUCCCCAGGGAGUACAGCACAGGACUAAAUGGGACAAGUUUUUCUUUGUUGCUAUUCCUGAAACUCCAGUGGGGGCAAAAGUAGGCCAGUAUGUGAUGUCAGGGGCUAGGAGAGCAAGAAUGUGUCACUGUAGUUGGGAGGCAUCUCCACUGUUUAUUUCUUCUGUGCUUUAUUUACUUUCCAUUCAGGGAGUUGGUAUUUCUUUACUUUUUCAAGUGAUCUUACAGAAAUUAACACUGUUGGAACUCGGAGCAGGCACCAGUUGUGACUGAGUACUGGUCAAGAAAUAACAUUGUCCUUUUAGGCAUCAUUAUUUAACUAAAAUUUAAUAAUUAAAUAUCAUUAAAUUUUUUGAGAGGAAAUAAAAUCCUUUGUUGUUCCCUUUUUCUAGAAGUAGCUUGCUUCCUUUGCUCCCUUCAGAAAUGUUUUGAUGGCUAUAUAGAUCUUGAAACAUCCACUAGAACCAAAGUUUUUGUAUAAAGUAUUCAGAAUAUUCCUAUCUGCUAUGGCUUUGAAGUAAGAAAUCAGCAAUGUUCAGAACAAGUGAAAUGCAUUGAACCCUAUUUGCAACAAUAUUUUUUAGUUGUCAUAUUUUACUCUUUUCAAAGUGAUGUAGCAAAGGUUGAAGAAUCACUUGCUGUCUUCCUACCCUUUUUCCUCUCCUCUCUUCUGAUUUCAGGGACUUUUAUGAUUACACCACUUUGGUUGUGCUCUGAAGGUUUCUGAGCUUCACGGCUGGCUGCAAUAGGAAGCACUGAGCCCUUGGUAACUGUCAGGAUUGGAUUCUUUAUUUUGCAAUAAAAUCUACUUCACAAGUUUGCUCUGCUUCCUAGGUGCAGCUUUUUGGAACUUGUUUUUCUAGACAACUAUAGGGGUUUGCUUUUACUUUCUCUUAAGGACUGAAGUAGGACAGUGCCAGUUCCAAAGCUGACACUGUGUGAAUUGUAUACUGCUUUAAACUGGUGCCUUUUUGUGUUUUUUUUUAGAGUGCAAUUAGAAGCAAGCAAGUUAUUUACCUGAAAGAAGGGUGAUAUUGCAUAAGCAGGAGUGACCUGGUGCAGAAUCACAGCUGGUUAUGUCUGAUAGUUUGGCCCUGCUGCAGUGGAUAGAAUGGUGCCGUGAACCAGCGUGGGCCAGGCUCCUCUCCUGCCCUUGUAGGAGCUCUGUUUCAGCCCUGUGGUGAGGCAGUAACAAACUAGAAUGCUACAUACAGAAAUUAACAAAGAAGUUAUCUCAGCUGUUCCUCUGUAAGUAUCCAAGUGCUCUGAUGCUGUUUAAUGCUGUAGGAAUUCAACUUGCCUGAAGUUAUUAACUGGUAACUUCAGCUUGUAAAGCUGGGGUGGAUUUGGGCAUCUGUAGAAGUGGGGUGUGCUGUCCACAGCUCACAGGCUUUUGCAGUGAACAGUUUACAUUGAAGUGUCAAAGAUGUUUUUUAAUGGACUAUACGUGCCCUGAAUCUUCCUUUGGGAGUGCUUUAAAAAAAUAAGCAUUAAGACUUUUGCUUUACUGAAAUGUAAUGUGAAAGAAUGACUUUGAAAUUACUUUUUUUGUCUUCAGUUGCAAAUUGCUUUCAUAGUGUGUUUUCCAAAGGCAGAAGAUUCAGAGUCUAUAAGAGCAUAGAAAGGAUUGUAGCAAAAUGCGUAAUGAGCAAGAGUCAUAAUUACAUUAAGUAAGUACUAUUCACUCACUUCUUCUCAAGUGCUUUUGUGAUCAGAAUUCAUUUCAUCAAGGAAAAUGAAGCUUUGAAAGAGAUGUUAAUUUCGUAGCAUUUAUAAACAUUUUAAAUGCAUUCCACCUUUGCCGUGUACUGUAGUCAUCGUGCUGCCAGAUUGUUUGCAUCGAAGGCUGCAGGUUUUAGUGUCAUCUUUUUUUCCUAGAGGUAACUUUAAAUACUUAGGAGUUUUAUUUGUAAAACAGUAAGCCUAAUCUUAGUGGGGAGGAGGAUUGUUUCAGGGUGAAUAUUGUGAUGAUAUGAAGGAUCUUCAGAGUAAGUGUAUAUUUAAUUCUCUUACAGAAAUGUAUUACUAUAGAAAAAUAAUUUUGAUCAUUCUAUGCCUUAAAUUAUCAUCACUGUAAGGCUCUUGAAGUUAAAAUAUGUUGAAAUGUUAGAGUUGAAAUAUAUACUUCAAAUUACUCUAUAUUCUGGGAACAACCCUGAACUGUAUUUUCUUUUAAGGUGUAACUUAACAUAAUUUCUUACAUAUAUAAUGCAUAUUUUGUGUACUGAUCCAUUUGGUAACUCAGCCAAAAAAUUCAGUGAGAAGAAUUUAUAUUUAGAAACUGACAAAAAUCCAGGUUAAUGAAAAUUUGAUGCUUGAAGUGUACAGAAAUAUUCACAGCCAUCACUGCUGGAAUUUACAGCCUUGCAUAAAUGAGACAUACAAGCCUGGUGCUUUUGUAAACACUUAUGUUUUGUAUUCUGCAGUAGAAUAUUCUCUCCUUACUCCCCUAGUUCAUUCCUUGGAGGCAAGAGUCAGUUUUGCAGAAGAAACAUGUACAUGUGUGCUGUGGGUACAAACAAAUGUGUUGAAAUGUUGAUACGUGAGGGAAAAGUCAGAGUCUGCCUUAGUAUAUGUCUGUCCCUCCUUUCUCCACCUCUUGUAAGCAUUAAGCAGAGAAUUGACUGUCAUUGAAGCUCACCCACCUUCUGUUCCAUGCAAGCUGCCUCCUUAUAUUCAGAACUUCCUAAAAAAAAAAAAAAAAUUGCAGAAAACUGCUACUAUGCCAGAAGUGUGAACAGAAAAAUUCAUUCUUUGCUCAGUGGAAAAAUAUGGUUGCACUUCAAUGACUGUAACCUAAUGAGUUAAUGAAUUUAUCUUUAAAAAAAAUAUUUUAAUAAUGCUUUUCUGCGUUCUUUAAGUAUUUUCAUAGAAGGGAAAAACUGUUUAAGAUUUAAAAAAACAAACAACACCAAAAAACCCUACAAAACUCCACUGUCCAGUCUCCCUAGAAAACAGUUUCCUAAAAAUAACUCUGAGUAGAGAGGAAUACUUAAGACUUUUCCUGAACUAAGAACAACCACUCACAGGCAGCAUCACGACUAAAGUGCUCUCUUACUCUCUUAUUGCUAUUAAAACAUGGGGUCUAUUUCUAUUUGAAAUUGCAACACUUUCCAACUUGUGUAUGACUCUGUAACAUCCCUUAAAUCGACUUGAUGUACUUGUUUUCUAUUCUGUUCUCUGCCUUUCUUUUUUUUUUUCUUUUUCUUUCUGUGUGUGUGAAUGUUGUAUAUAUUCACUGAAAUACAUUUUACCAUAAUGUAUGUACAGAUGUAUGGUUCAGGUAUGGCAUCGUGGUUACCUGUGUUUGCUGGUUCCUGGACAAUGAUACAAUACAAGUAAGAUGCUGGGCAUCAUCAUACUUUGCUCUUGCUUCAAUCUCUUAAUUUUUAAUAAAAUUUAAUGUGUCCAGAGA